ACCUCUUGCUCCCGAAUUCCCGAUCCAGCAUUCCAGCGCCCACGCCAACCUCAGCCGUCGCCUCCGCCUGCAAGCCCACGCCCACCUCUCCCACACCGCCGCCUGCUCCCCACCCCCGGCGGAGAGGAGUGCACGGCCACUUAACCUCCAGCAACCUCCUCCGACGCCUCCCCCAAACGUCCGGAUCGAGCCCCACCCUCUUCCGACAGCUCCCCCCGGGCGGAUCGAGCAACUGGUGUUGGCGGCGGCGGGAUUGUUCUGGGCGUCGGCAGGAGGCAGGCUGCGCAGGAGGGUGACGGGGAAGGGAAGAGGAUUCCGUGCUCUUCUUCACAAGUUCCAUCACUAUUGCUUGACAGGAUGGUAUCCUUUGAGAUGAAUGACCUCAAGAAGAUUGGGCUUGGCCUGACAGGCUUCGGAAUAUUCUUCUCCUUCCUUGGAAUCGUUUUCUUUUUUGACAAGGGGCUUAUUGCAAUGGGCAAUAUUCUCUUCCUGUCAGGUUUGGGUUUGACAAUAGGUCUGAAAUCAACUAUGCAGUUCUUCACCAAGCCUAAAAAUUACAAGGGCACCAUCUCUUUUGGUGUUGGCUUUUUCCUGGUUCUCAUUGGGUGGCCUUUCUUUGGCAUGCUCUUGGAGGCAUAUGGCUUUGUUGUACUCUUCAGUGGGUUCUGGCCAACUCUUGCAGUUUUCUUGCAAAGGAUUCCUAUUCUUGGCUGGAUUUUUCAACAACCAUUUGUCACAUCGUUUCUUGACCGCUACAGAGGGAAACGGGUUCCAGUGUAGCAGCCUCUCGUGCUAUGUUUUUAACGAUGUAGUAACUGGAGUUCCUUUCUUCCGUGGUGACAAUAGCAAAUGGUUAUGCCAGUGUGGUCUUCUCCUUUACCUGUUUACUUACUGAUGGAACUGUUCUUUGUAAAUUACACUAAUGAAUCUCCACCGGGUGGUUUUGUCGAAGACCAAGAUGCAAACUGUCCCAUGAUAUGGGUUGAAGAAACUUCAUAAGCAAAACUGUGUUGAAAAAGGUGUAGGUUUAGAGGAAUGCUCUUGAAAUAGAACCUACAUGCUCUUUGUCUCUUGUGUACUUAUGCCAUCCUCAGAUAAUAGAUAUUCCAUCCUCUUGAACUUGUGGCCGCUGUUUUUCUGUGUGCACUUCAUAGCUUGAAGAAAGGGGACGCGAUGGAACUGAAAUUAUUUGUGAAACAUCAUUGAUUCAUAAUUCGUAUACAACCUUGUGAUUCACAAUUCGCAAUCA